AUGGAAAUUUGGGAAUCUUCAGGACAAUAUAGUUUUAUCUUACCAAUGAAAGAAAAACAGAAUGUCUCAGGCUUCUCAGAUUUCUUGCCAGAACAAUUCCAUCUGGAGCGUUGACUGCACAGCAAACAUUCAGAACUCUAUAUAAAUUCUGUCCAAGAGAAUGGACAAUGGAAAAAUCAGCUGCCUCGGUUGAAAGCUUUAAGUACAUUGACAAAAGCAGCUGUGCCAUGUGAAUUAAAGAAAAAAAUCAUUCAACCCUUGCCUUCCUUUGGAUCUGGAAGACUGCAAACAUCAAGCUUUGGGCUGCCAAGCUUUCCCAUGGACAGCAGUAGUAACAGUGCUACCAAUUUCUUCUUUACAAUGAUUUCCAGUCUUGCCAGUGCAUCAUCAUCUGGAAAGUCUAAAUUGUAUCUGGACAUAACAUCACAUCAGCAGCUUCUGCACUCACAAACCAGAAUGCAUGAAACAAGUUAUUUAAAUCAAGGAGCAGCUGAAGAAUUGAAACAAUUUGAAACAAAAAAUAUUGCAAUAGGAAAAAUUCCUCUUAAGCCACCUAGUAGAACUUUUAAAUGUUUGGGACUAAGUUUAUUUUGA